UGUCAAAACGAGAAUUGUGUGGUUAAGUGAUUGGCGUGAGUUGCUCUUGGUUUGGGCAAGAAUUAUUGCAUUUAUUGUGCGAAAUCCCAGUCAAUUGUGUGCCUCAGGAGUCCCUGCAGUGCCCCCGCGGGCGUGAGGCUAGAAAUCCGCGGGCUAGAGGUGCUUUGCACGCGAGAAACAGUGCGAGAAAAUUGGAAAGAUCGUUCUGUCGAUAGCGCAUGGUCACUGUUUUCUGGACAUCUUCCGGCUCUAUUUCAUCACCAGAGUCUUCGGGGGCGUCAUCCUCGCGUCUGACAGAGUCUGAGGGUGGUUACUGUGCAGUUUGUGCACGGCGGAGGCUUUGGUGGCAGUGUCUGGGGCAUCUGGAGCGGGAUGGAAGCGGCUGGAGACGUGGCGAGACUGGCCAGUGAGCUGGCCCGUGCCGUGGAGAUCACGAUGAACACCCACGCCACUCAGGUGGACCGCAUGGACGCGUACAUGGCGUGCGAGCGCUUCAAGGAGACCUCGCCGCUGUGCGCCCAGGCGGGACUCUUCCUCACCGACAGCCAAUUCCCGCUCACGGUGCGCCACUUCGGGCUGCAGCUCAUGGAGCACACGGUGAAGUUCAAGUGGUACACCAUCUCGCAGCAGGAGAAGCUGUUCGUGAAGGAGAAUGCCAUGAAGCUGCUGGCCAGCGGCGUUGGAGCGGCCGAGGAUGCGUCGCUGAUGCACAUCAAGGACGCCCUGAGUCGGAUCAUCGUGGAGAUGAUCAAGCGCGAGUGGCCACAGCAGUGGACGACGCUGCUGGCGGAGCUGUCGGAUGCGUGCUCGAAGGGCGAGGCACAGACGGAGCUGGUCCUCCUCAUCUUCCUGCGCCUGGUGGAGGACGUGGCGCUACUGCAGACAAUGGAAUCUAGCCAGAGGCGGAAGGACAUCUACUCCGCCCUCACGGCCAACAUGACUGAGAUCUUCGACUUCUUCAUGCGCCUCAUCGAGCUGCACGUGAACAACUUCCGCAAUGCACAGCUCACGGGCAACGCGCAACAGGCGCUGAGCCACGCGCGCGUCGUCCAGGUGGUUCUGCCCACAAUCACCAGCUUCGUCGAGUGGGUGUCCACGGUGCACAUUGUGGCGAAUGAGGGACGCCUGCUGCAGAUCCUCUGCAUUCUCCUCAACGAUGUCGCCUUCCAGGUGGGCGCGGCGGAGUGUUUGGCGCAGAUUCUGGGCCGCAAGACGGUGGCGAAGGAGAAGAUCUCGCUGGCGCUGCUCUUCCGUACUGAUCUCAUCACCUACAUUUAUCGCUCCGUGGCCGCUGCCGAGACGUCCGUGGCACUCGAGGCGUACGCCUUCCUCAAGAAGGUGAUUCCCGUGCUCGUGGGCCUGGCGUCACACCUGACGGGCGCCAAGACGAAGGAGGAGGGCAUUCCCUGCCACUCGCCCAGCUUCAUCACAUUCCUCGAGACAGUGAUGAUGGUCACGCGGCAUCCCAGUCUCUCGGUGGCGCACGGCGGCGCCCUCAUCUGGAUCACGCUGCUGCGCUACGAGCACAUUGCCAAGGAUGCCGCCUUCGUGGAGUACGUGCCCAAAAUCAUCGAGAUCGCAGGCCCGAAGAUCAUUCGCGUCAUCUAUCCGGCCACUCGUCCUGUGGACAUCACGCUGGAUCCGCGAGUCUUCGCCAGUGUGGACCACGAUAGUGAGGAGGAGUUUGCGCUGUUCUUCCAUCGCUGCCGGACGGACUUCAUAGACAUCUUCAGGCAGGCGACGAUGACGGCUCCGCUGGUGACGUUCGCCUUCUGCGAGCAGUGGAUGUCCGUGCGGCUGCAGAAGGCGCAGGCGGGCGAGGUGACGAACAUGACGGUCCUCGAUCCUGCCUACAUGGAGUGGGAGGCGCUGAGCUACGUCCUGGACGCCGUCGUGGGGCGAAUUCUGCUCGUGACGGAGCGCCCGUCCGUGCAGUCGGGUCUGCGACUGCUGGAGGAGUGCCUGAAGGUGAACACAACUGAUCCGCUGGUGCUCUCCAUCAUCCUGUCCUGCAUAUCGGCGCUGUUCAUGUUCCUCAGCAUGUCUUCAUGCCAAAUCACGGCGGGCAAUUGUGUGGCCAUGUCGGGUGUGUCGCUGCUGCCGCGCGUGCUGCAGAAGAUCUUCGCGUGUCUGGUGUUCACGGAUCAGUGUCCUGAGCCCAGUGUGACGUCAGCGAAGGCGGUGAAAAAUCUGCGGCGCCACUCAGCGGCGCUCAUGGUGAAGCUGGGCAUCAAGUAUCCGCUGCUGCUGCUGCCCGUGUUCGAUCAGAUCAACGGCACGGUGCAGGGCCUGCUGGGGCCGCCGAAUCAGCUGAGCCGCGGCGAGAAGACGACCAUGCAAGAGGCUCUGCUGCAGAUCUCCAAUCACUUCUGCGACUACGAGCGCCAGAUGAACUUCGUGGCGGAAAUUGUGGCCGAAGGACGACAGCAAUGGGUGUCAAUGGUGCCGGCGCUGAAGUCUGUUCAGGACUUUAUCCGCUUCGUUGGCUUAGAUGUGAAUCCCAGGCCGCAAGGCGAGACGCCGCCACAUCCCACAGUGUUGAAUCGCACGCAACUCACGUAUGCCAUCAAUAUCGUCGUGGGCGUGAUCAAGCGCUGCUCCUGGCCCGAUGAUCCCGACAGGGCGUCGCGUGGGGGCUUCGUGGUGGGCCUGACGGAGUCUGGCAAUCCCAUCUGUCGCAAUCCGGCCACUUCGCACGUCAUUCCGCUCCUGCCGCACAUUCUGUCGCUGGUGCGCGUGGUGAAUGAGCUCUUCUCCAGUGUGCAUCUCAUGGUGGAGGCGUACAAGAGUGUGCACGACAUUCUGGACACGGAGAAGCGUGCCCUCAUCGGCAUGCCGCUGACCAACACGGAUCCAAUGGAUCCCGAGGCGGAGAAGGCCAAGGCGACUGAAGUGGAGCGAAUGCAGCAAUUCCUGCACUUUGUCUUCGAGACCAACAUGCACCUCAUUGGCUCUACGGGUCCGUCGCUGGGUCGGGAUCUGUAUCAGAUCCCGGGAAUUGCGGACGCCAUCAUUGGGAGUGUGUUCGCCAAUGUGGAGAAUGUGCCAGACUAUCGAUUGAGGACCAUCAACAGGGUCUUCAUGAAGCCAUUUGUGUUCUCUUGUCCGCCGGCGUUCUACGACGCCGUCCUCCUGCCCGUCUUCGCCUAUCUGGCGCCCUUUAUGUUGCAUCGACUCACGGCGCGAUGGCAGUACAUCUCGUCGCUGUACGAGAGCGGUGAGCUGGGCGAGGACGUGAGUGACACGCAGGAGGUGAUCGAGGACAUGGUGUACCGGGCGAUGGCCAGGGAGUAUCUGGAGCUGCUCAAGGUGGCGCUGGUCGGCGGACAACUGACCACGGAUCACAGCAACGCCAUGACGGACGAGACGAUGGAUCAGGAUGAUCUGUCGAUGGAUGGGCCGCCGCAGCAGCUGUCGCGCGCCGCGCAGUCGGCGAUGGCGUCGGAGAUCAUCAGUGACUUGGGCGGGAAGCUGCUGCACUUCCCCGCCACGUGCAGCGCAAUAGUCCUCACGGUGCUCAACAUUCUCACGUGGAACGACAGCAUGUCCAGCUUCAAGGCGACUCUCCUCACUGGGCCAAUCAUCAGAUAUCUGGCCGCCGAGGGUCUCAUCACGGACUCUCUGGCGUCCACGACGAUGAUGUCAGUGCUGCAGGGACUCCAAGUGCACGGGCAGCACGAGACGAAUCAGAACUCCUGCAUCACUCUUGGUGUCCAGAUCUAUGAACUGCUGCGCCCAAAGUUCCCCGUUGUGAUUGAGGUGAUGCAGAAGAUACCCAACAUUACGAUUGCCGAUGUGCAGAAGCUGGACGAGAAGAUUGCCACGGGCAGCACGAAGGGGAAUAAGAUUGAGAAGGGAAAGCGUGAUUUGUUCAAGAAAAUUACCAGUCAAGUCAUUGGCAAGAAUGCUGGGCAAUUGUUCAGGAAGGAGAUUAAGAUUGUGGAACUGCCGCCACUGCAGAUCCACAAUCCACAUCGACGUAAUCAUCAGAGUGCUUUGGAUGGUUCCCUAGGGAUUCCCGAAAUGUUCAACACGAAGAGCUAGAACGAGGCAAUAAAAGACAGCGACGAUCAGCUGACAUCUCCUGGUCAUGGUGAUGCUCCAGGUGAGAGCGGAAGUGUAGAACUUUAAGGCUUCUAUUGGAGAGAGAGAGAGAGCGAGAGAGAAAUAUGCAAAUUGACGACAAUAUUGUUGAGACGGGCAGAAAAUCAUGCAGAAAAGCAUUUUUACAUUUUGUAGUUUUUAUAGGAGAAUUAAUGGAAAAAUUAUUUAUUUAUAUUGUGUAAAAAAAAUACCUCAUUUUGGCACAUUCAAAUAUAGAAAACAUUUUCUCUUACGUGGAUUUUAACCGUGGAGAAAGCUAAGAUUGUUAGCACAAUAUUUAGCAAAAUUCAUAGCAGUUUAUUUCACGCAUUAUUGAAUUGAACGAGAUGUGCGUGAAUGAAAUAAUCAAUUUGUUGAGACUGUUUGAAUCCUUAGGUUUGAAACUGGACAAUAAAUCAUUGAGAUCAUAUUCUGCACGCAGUUCUGAUGGGAAGUAAUCAGGAUAUCAAAGGAAAUCCUCAUUCCGCUUAGUGACGAGAGGAUCAUUUUCUCUUCAAAUGCAUAAGAAAAUUCUAUUGUAAGGAAA